AUCCACACGUUAAAACAGUCCAAAAGAUGCACGACCACUCACUUUAUCGCCUAAUAGAUACGGUAUUUGACCAACAUUACAAAACUUAUUAAUGAACUUAUCCCUUCUCUUCAUCUAAAAGAGAGAUGAACGGCGGAGGAAAGGUGGUCUGCGUCACCGGAGCUUCCGGUUACAUAGCUUCUUGGAUUGUUAAGCUUUUGCUCCUCCGUGGCUACACCGUCAGAGCUACCGUUCAAAACCCAACGGACACGGCGGAAACAGAACAUCUUCUUGCACUUGAGGGUGCAAAAGAAAGACUAAAACUGUUCAAAGCAGAUCUUUUGGAAGAUUGUUCCUUCGAGAAAGCUAUCGAAGGUUGUGACGCUGUCUUUCAUACAGCUUCUCCGGUUAAAUUCAUCGUCACGGAUCCUCAGACUGAGCUAAUAGAUCCAGCCGUAAAGGGUACUCUUAACGUCCUUAACACAUGCAAGAAAACUUCCUCCGUCAAAAGAGUCAUUGUAACAUCGUCCACUGCUGCGGUUCUUGUUCGUCAACCCCCUUUGGAGCCAAACGAUGUGGUGGACGAGACUUUCUUCUCUGAUCCAAGUGUUUGCAUGGAAAGAAAGUUAUGGUAUCCACUCUCCAAAACACUGGCAGAGAAUGUAGCAUGGCAAUUUGCUAAAGACAACGGAAUGGACAUGGUCGUGGUAAAUCCAGGAUUUAUAAUCGGCCCACUUUUGCAACCAACCCUUAACUUUUCGGUAGAGAUCAUUGUGGAUAUGGUAAAGGGUAAGAACCCUUUCAACUGUAGAUACUACAGCUUCGUGGACGUGAGAGAUGUUGCUUUGGCUCAUGUCAAAGCGUUGGAGACUCCUUCCGCCAAUGGUAGAUACAUAAUCAGCGGCCCGAGUGUGACGAUAAACCACAUUAAAGAGACUAUGCGUGAAUUAUUUCCAAAAUUGUGUAUUGAUGAUACGAAUGGAGAAGGUCUGAUGGAUGGAGUCAAUUGCACAAUAUGUGUGGAUAAAGUGAAGAAUUUGGGAGUUGAGUUCACUCCUCUCAAAUCAAGCCUUAGAGAUACUAUCAUUAGCCUUAAAGAAAAGUGGCUCUUAUGAGAAUAUGAUCACGUUAAUAUAUGUAUUACAACUUCUAUAUUAGUAAUUAUUGGAUGCAUUUAAGUUGUGGACGUGAGAGAUGUUGCCCCUCUCAUGUCAAAGCACUCAUGGUACAUGCACCCAAUUGUAGAUUGUGACGUCAAAUGACAUAUGGGAAUGUUUUGAGCGAAUUCUUCAAUAAGUUUGCAGAGU